GGAGCGCCCCGGCCCAGCAUGUAAAAGCGGCCCCGCACGCCCGGCUGCCCUGUCGCCUUCGGAGCCUCCUCCGCUCCCGCUCCUCCUCACCGCCGCACGGCCGCAGCGUCAUGGCAGGGCACGGCGCCAGCCUGCUCCUGCUCCUGGGUCUCAUGCCAGCUCUCCUCCUGGCCGUCAGGAUCAACGGCAAGGGCCGGGAGGUGCUGCAUCUGGCAAAGGGCGACUCGGUGAAGCUGGGCUGCCCCUAUGUCCUCGAGCCUGAAGACAACGGUCCCCAGGGCUUGGGCAUCGAGUGGAUCCAGAUCACGCCCGAGCGGCCCGGCCCUGAGAAUGUGUUCCUGUCCUACCAUGACCACCACGUGGACUACGGCAGCGGGUCGGGGCUGCAGGACCGCGUGGCCUUCGUGCAGAAGGACCCCAGCCAGUACGACGCCUCCAUCCGCCUGGCCGACCUGCAGGUCUCCGACACCGGCACCUACCAGUGCCGCGUGAAGAAAAACACCGUGGCCGUGCACGAGGUCAUCGUCACCGUGCAAGAUAAGCCAGCACCCCCCCAGUGUUGGAUCGAGGGGGAGCUGAUUUGGGGGAGCAGCAUCCUGCUGCGGUGCUUCAGCCGCGAGACCUCGACCGCCGUCAGCUACCAGUGGGCCAAGCUGGCCGAUGGCUACGGCGGGGGACACCUGCCCUCCGGCACCAUCCAAGGACGAGCUCCUGGCGACCUGUUGAUCCGUAGCCUGUCGGAGGUGCACACCGGCGUCUACCAGUGCCGCGUCACCAACCGCGUGGGCUACUCCGUGUGCCAGCUCAACGUCAGCCCCGUGCCGAGGUGCGCUCCCGCCACAGGGGGACGGCAGACGGGCAUCAUCGUGGGCUCCAUCCUGGGCUCACUGCUGCUCCUCAGCCUGCUGGGGCUGCUCAUCUGGGCGCUGAUCUGCCGCUACCGCCGGAAGGAAUGCCAGCGCGCCUGCAGCGACUGCCGGAGCAGCACGGGCGGCACCAUGACCCGCACCUGCAACGUCUGCACCCACGGCUACGCGCCCCACGGCAUCAGCUACAUGCAGUGCCAGCACGGCGAUAGCGACGAGCGGGCGGCCGCGCUCAUCUGCAACGAGGGCAUCCGGCACCAGGUCGCCUGCCCGGCGCUGUAACCCCCAUCAUCGGCCCCACACGCCCGCCCAAAAUUCGGCUCCACGAGGAGGGGGGAGCGACACGAGCCCGGAGCCGGCGGCGCCGCCGGGAUCAGCGCGGAGCCCCCGGGGCUCGCCGCGCAAAUUGACGGCAAGAACCAGCUCCCUCCUCCCCCCGGCGCAGCUCCGGCAAACCACGUUUUGGUUCAUCCCUCUGGUUGGUUGGUUUUCUUGGUUGUUGGUAUUUUUUUGGCCCCUUUUUUUGUAUGUCCCCCCCACCGGCUCUCAGGGCGGCUCCCGGAGGCUUCCCUGCCUAUUUAUUUCUCUCCGGCCCAUCCGUUCGGCACCGAGCGGGGAUGUGGCCACCCCGAAUCGCACCCCCCCCCACCAUGCACCUCCGGCCCGGCGCCCCCGCAUUGGCUUCAGCAAUUUGGUGUUUGUUAUUCGAGACGAGACGCCGCCGGCACCAGGAUUUGCAGUUUGGAAAGAGAAAAACCAAAAAGAAAAGAAAUAAACCAAAGUGACUCCA